AUCCUCCUCCGUCCUCUUUCUUUACGACUCAAAAUGGCCUCCAUCGGCACUCUCUGGACGAUACCCCAGUUCGACAAGGGCAAGCGGAUUCGGGCGGUGGCCGCCUAUGCUGGGCUGUCCGUUGACUUGCCCGAAAACUACGUCCACUUCGAGUCGAACAAGCAGCCGGAGUUCCUGGCAAAGUUCCCGCAUGGAAAGAUCCCUGCUCUGGAGACGAAGGACGGCUUCAAGCUGUUCGAGACAGCAGCUAUCGCUCGUUACGUCGCCACCCUUGCCCCCAACGUCCCUCUCCUUGGCUCCACAUCAGAGGAGGCUGCGCUCAUCGACCAGUGGGCGUCUUUCGCCGACGGCGAGGUCGGUCAGUGGACCAUUCUCAUCUUCCAGCUCGUUAAGGGCAUCAUCCCCUAUAACAAGCAACACCACACCAUCUUCGCCGAGCGCCAACUGCGAUCCCUUGAGACCCUCGAAAAGCACCUCGCGACUCGUACCUUCCUCGUCACCGAACGCAUCACCCUCGCCGACAUUACCCUCGCCUCCGUCAUCUCUCGCGCCGUGACCGUCACCAUCGACGCGGAGUGGCGCGCCAAGCUGCCCAACGUCAUCCGCCUCUUCGAGACCGUGAUCAACCAGCCGAAGCUCAAGGACAUCUUCGGUACGCCCGAGUACGUCGAGAAGGCAUUGCAGUUCGUGCCCCCGCCCAAGGAGAAGAAGGAGGCGAAGCCCGCCGCAGCUGCUGCCCCGAAGGCGGAAAAGAAGCCGAAGAAGCAGGAGGAGGACGAUGAUGAGGACGACGACCUCGUCCCCAAGGAGGCGCCCAAGGAGAAGAACCCGCUUGACCUCCUGCCCAAGUCGUCGUUCAACCUUGAGGACUGGAAGCGGGCUUACUCCAACAUGGACACUCGUGGCCCCGGUGGCUCCAUUGAGUGGUUCUACCAGCACUUCGACAAGGAGGGUUUCUCCGUCUGGCGGGUGGACUACAAGUACAACCCGGAGCUCACGCUCACGUUCAUGUCAUCCAACCUCAUUGGCGGUUUCUUCAACCGUCUCGAGGCGUCGCGCAAGUACCUCUUCGGCUCGAUGGGCGUGCUCGGCGAAAACAACAACUCCGUGAUCAGCGGUGUCCUCAUUCUCCGCGGGCAGGAUGUCAAGCCCGUCGUGGACGUUGCCCCCGACUGGGAGAGCUACGAGUUCAAGAAGCUCAACCUGGACAGUGAGGAGGACAAGAAGUUCUUCGAGGCCGCCCUUGCGUGGGACCUCGAGCUCGACGGGAAGAAGUGGGUGGAUGGGAAGAACUUCAAGUAAACGGAAACGAGAAGUCGCAUUGUCAUUUGUAGUUCUGCUCUCCUGCUUGCUUUUCUUUUGUAGCCUCAUCUUCGAACUCUGGGUGUAUUUCGCUAGAUCUCACGUUGCUCUUGUCAUCUUACCUUGUUGUGCAGCAGUGAAAUGAAACUGAAAUCAUAUCAAAAGAGGUCACACAAGAAGCUUUGUGAGAAAGGAAACCACUACUACCUAUG